AAACGGCCACUCUGGGCCCACAAGCCUGCGGGCUGCAGCGGCCCAGGGUGCCAGGCAAGCGGGGCAGGUGGCCUGCUCCACAUUUGGACUGUACUUCGAUUCAUAAGCAGGCGAGGUACCUUUUGGCUUGAAGCCUGUAGGCGUUUGCUUCUGGCUGCUAGGCGUGCUGCACUCAUCUCGAAUUGGCCGCCCAUUUGAUGCAUCUUCCUCAACAUGGAGCACCCUGGGAUUGAUUGAGGCCUAGAACAACAUCAAUAGCUCGCGUACCACCACACCGCCCAGCCCGAUGAGAUUUGCCACCAGGUUCAGCGCUAGUUCAACGGGCUCACUACUGCCUCUCCCCUUUCCACCUUUCCACCUGCGGUCUGGUCAACGCCGCUGCCACCGCCAGCGCGCGCGACCACGCGGGGGCACGCGAGAAGUGACGACACCUCACAGUUGUGUGGUCUAGAUAGAUGUCCACGCCCGCCUCCGACACCCCCCACUUCUAGUCACCGUCGGCGUGGGAUUGCUCUGCUGAUGGGAAAAGCAAACACUGCAAAGUAAACGAGGUCGACACAGCCGGGUACUGCACAUGUGCUCGUGCCAGCCGGCUGCUGUGACUGCUCACAUUCUCCCAGACCAGCUUCACGCCCGGCACUCUGCCAACCCAGGCCGCUGGCUGUUGUCACUGGCCGGCUUUUGCACUACCCGCCAAUCUUCUGCGUCCGUGUCUUUGGUUCAUGCUACCUUCAACCCGGCAAGCCACCCACACCAGAGCUGCAAGCGCAGCCAGGCCUGCAACCCCUCCUCCCAACAUGCCAGUAUCACAUUGGACACCACACCAAUCCGUCAUGCAGCACGAAAAGCAAGGUGCUCAGCACCCCGGCCGGUCUGCUGGCCCCAGCUACCGCUAUUCGUUUGCAACGAGAGGGAAGGGCAGCCUUCCCAGCCGCAGUAUCUGAAGGAGAUUGCCCUGAAAAGCAAGAUCUGCGGUGCUGCGGAGCACCACUACAAAAUGCUCGACUGUCCAGGCUGAGAGACGUACGAGAAAGCUUCCGUCAUUCUCUCAGUCCUCUGCUCACUGCCCCUGGCCAUUGCAACCAGGUCACCCGCCAUGGAUCUACGCGAGCUUGUCGUUGACUACCACAGCCACGCCAAUGCCGUGCUAACAUGGCUGAUCGGGGCGUCCAACCGCAUCAUCCUCCGCGACAGUAGGGCCGUCGCUGCAUCUGGCCUCUCUCUUUCGUACAAUCCCACCGACAGCCUCGACCGGCCCCGCGACCUGUCCGAGAUGGCAAUUCUGGUCGCCCGGAACCCGCACCUGAUCGGCUCCAUCCCCGAUUCCGUUCUGUACCACAUGUACUGCGAAAUAGAUGUCAGGAGGCAGGUCGCCAGGCUCAUGGCCGAAGACGCCGACGAGGGCCACUUCUUCUACAUCACAUGUCUUGAAGCGGCCUUUACCAUCCUCGGCGGCGACAAAUUGCUCGACAACAGGCAGCGUAUGAAACUAGCCUUUGAGCCAAGGACAGCCCGCGACAAGACGACAACACGCCCGCAGAACCCCUUUGCCUCGUUGGAUGUUGAGCCAUGUGCCGAGCAGGCCCCAGCAGCAGCCAAAUCGACCCUUCGGGGUCAAAGGGCGAAGCUGAAGCGCGCGCCCGCGCCCGCGCCCGCGCAACGAGCCGCCCUCGCCCUCGCCACCUCCUCGACACCCCUGGAGGUCCUCAACGCUCUGGUGGACAAGCAGUCGCUCCGCACCCGCGAAGCCGCUCUCAAAUUUGUGCGCAAAUCGGUUGCCCUCCACGACGUCAUCCAGUUGGUUUGGCAGAGGGUGGCGUGUUGCCAAUUCCCCAGCCAUGCCGCAGGCGCGCUCCUCCACGUCGCCACCACAAUAAUCCGGAACAACGAGUUGAUCGAUCACAGCGACGAGUUCCUCGGUCAAAUGUCAUUUCUCGGCAUGGUCCGCAUCGCCACAGGCAGAAGACUCACGGACAGCACAGAAGCGCCCGAUGAUUUCGAGGAGCUCUCGGGGACCAUUGGCGCGCCCACGGAUUCCGGGCCACUGGUCGGCAUAUAUGAGCAGCUCCAACUGCACACGUACUGGAGCCUCGUCGAAUUUGCCAGGAACUAUCGAGAGAACAAGACGGGAAAGCCCACCAAGCGGAUGGCUGCCCAGCUCAGGGCCUGGGAUCCGGGCAUGGACCUGGAGAAGGCCACGCCCGAGGCGAGGCUCUCAUGGCGCCGGCUUUACACAAUCAAGCUCCUCUACCAACUUCUCGAUCUGUUCUCGUCCUUCUCGGUCCGGGACCAGCAUUCCUUCGGCCUCUCUCGCCUGGCAACCCAGGUCGCGCAGCUUGUCCGACAAAAGCGCGAUGCUGACGUGCCCAAAUGCAUCAAGCCAAGCCUGGUCUUCCAGCUCCAGUGUGUGGUGGACUCGUGGACGGUGCGCCGCGGCUGGUUCAUCGACCCGGUAUCGGGCCACAGGUUCGGGAAAGCGGCCGAGGAGCUGGACUGCGGGCGUGUCAUCGUCAAGGCGCUUGAUCACAGCGUGUCCGGGGAACCACGUGGACCGCUUGAAUCGCUUGCUGAACUCUCCCAGACGCUCGAGGUCACUGGCCGUGGUUGCAGCAACAGCAACAUCCUGCGCGGCAGGCUGGAUGGGCUUGUUGGCCGUUUGGGGCCGCUCCUGGGCGGCCCACCUCGCCCGGGCGAUGCAACACUCUGGAAUCUGUCUCCAGCGCUUGGCGGUACGGCCUUGAUGGAGGCCGUCCAGCUCCUCCGCCAGGCCGCUUUCCGCAUCUGCGACACUCUCGGAACGCCGACAGCUCUCCUGUCGCUCCACGCCCAUCUCCUCGAUGCUGGAUUUCUCAAAGAGCCUGUGCCGUACUAUGUCGACUUGGCCAAGAUCUUUGAUGACAGACCCAAGUUGCCUGAAGAGUGGAAACUCGGUCUACGAAAGCUCGUACGUCUGGAUAGUGCCAGGGAUCUUCUCGAUUACCAAUAUCUCGUCUUGGCGGACUUUGCCCGCCAACAGGGGCAGCAGCCAGAUACAGGCUGUGAUGAAGCUGAAGCCGAUACAGCGCCGGCAGAUGCGUAUGGCUCCUAUCUGACCAGCCUCCGACGCUCCGGCUGGGACCCUGACAGGGCCGUCUUCGAGUUCGAGGAGAACAGCGGCGGGCCGCAGCUUGAUUGGCUACAUACAUGCGUCAGCGACCUGGAUGGCGGCGCCGUCAUUGGUCAGCUCAAGACGGCGUCGGGGAGAGUUAUGCAGGAUAUUCCCCCGUCGACGCCAGAUGCCGGGCCACGGUCGGGUUUCGACGUUGCCCGGGUCGCCGCCCACGCCGAGGAGCUGUGGGCAGGGAUCCAGGCGGCGAUGUCACGGGGAGACAAGUUGGUGUACGAUUAUAUUUUCCGGGGUCCCGGGCUUGCCGACUGUAGUAAUCUCACCAAACGGACGCUUCUGAUCCUCGGCCUGUCAACCAUGGACAAGAAUGAGGUCGACUUUUGUUUGGGUAUCAUUGCCCAGGAGUUUGAGAAGCAGCGGGGGCUUAGUCUGACGACACCGGCACGGGUGUUUGGCGGUGGAGCGGCUAGUGUCUUGGGAUAGUGAUAGGAUAUGUAUUUGUUUCCUUCAAGUAUACGAUAGUUUUCGCAUUUCUAGUCGUUUUGCCUGGGUACACAGCUCAACCCUUUGGCUAAAUGAUAGUUAUAAACAAAAACAUGACUGGAUAAAAACACUUCAUCUUGCAAGCGCUUGGUAUCUAAAGUAAUAACAAGAAAAAUGGG